AUGGACCCUGGCACCAGCACCCAGUAUUUCUGGACCACUGAGGCCCAAGGGGAACUUACAGAUGCCACUGCUGGGCACGACUUCUGUGACAACGAUACCAACAAAUCUGCAACCUUGACCAAGGAAAAACCUAAGCGGAAGAGGCAGAGGAGCAGAUGUGCGUCCCUGGCCGAAAGGAACAUCGUGGGCUGUAGAAUUUCCCAUAAGUGGAAGGAAGACGAUGGUUCCAUCACCCAUUGGAAAGGAACGGUUCUGGACCAAGUGGCCAUAAAUCCCUCUCUCUAUCUGGUGAAAUAUGACGGGAUCGCUUGCAUUUAUUCGUUAGAACUUCAUCAAGAUGAAAGAGUGUUGGCCCUUAAAGUCCUCUCCGAUAGAGUAAAACCAUCCCCAGUCCCCGAUCCCGACAUUGCUGAUACAAUAAUUGGCAAGGUGGUGGAUCACAUAUUUGAGGGGGAGCAUGGCUCCAAAAAUCACUGGAGGGGGGUGGUUUUGGCAAAAGCGCCUCUUCUUAAUAACUUCUUCUAUAUUACCUAUACAAAUGAUCCCAUCUUAUACAUGUACGAGCUUCUGGAUGAUUACAAAGAGGGCGAUCUCCGAAUCCUGCAAGUUUAUAAUGAGAAUCCUCCACUAGAUGUGGGUCUUAAAUUUGUGGAUGAUCUCGUAGGAAAAGAGGUUGAAUAUGCCAAUGAUGAUGGCAGCACAAGAGCGGGCAAGUUCAUUGGCAAGAUAGCAGCCCUACCAUCGGUGUAUCUUAUCAAAUUUGAUGAUGAUUUUCAUAUCUAUGUCUAUGAUUUUGUGGAAAAUGUCUAA